AUGUUUUCAGCUCACGAGUUGUCUAAAGCUGAAGUCGAACGUUUCAGUCGACAAUUACUGCUGAAACACUUUGGAGUUAAAGGUAAGUUUUGUGAUUAUGAGCUUAUUCUUUGAAGUUUAGGACAAGUUGCUUUGAGCAAAGCUUCUGUUCUUAUUGUUGGUGCUGGCGGACUGGGAUGCCCAGUAGCACUGUACUUGGGAGCUAGCGGCAUAAAGAACAUUGGCAUAGUUGAUCAUGAUAAGGUAUCUUUGGACAAUUUGCACAGACAAGUUAUGCAUACUGAAGAUAGGGUUGGACAAUAUAAAGUAGACUCGAUAAGGAAGGCGUUGUUAAAGUAAGUUUUCUUUUGUUUUUGGUUUUUAGGAGUUUUAUUUCUUAUGUGGUGUUAAUAUUUUAGCUAAUCAACAAUCUCAUGUUACAAUUGUUUUUUAUAAGGUCUUUUAGUUUUUAAACUUUUGGUUUUGUUAUGUAACAUUUAAAAUUAUUUGUUAAUGCGGCAUCUUUUUACGUUUAAUAUUUUGUGUUAAAUGUGCUUUUUCAGGUUAAAUAGUAAUUUAAACAUUGAUGUAUAUCGAGAACUGAUUGACAGUUCAAAUGCUACUGAAAUUGCUCAAAAGUAUGAUAUUAUUGUAGAUUGCUCUGAUAACGUCGCUACAAGGUAAGUGUAUACAAUACUUACGUCAAUGCUUAUUAAGGUACCUAGUCAAUGAUUUGUGUGUGUUAACUAACAAACCUCUGGUAUCUGGAAGUGCUUUGGGAUGGGAAGGACAACUUACAGUGUACCAUUCUGGUGAGGUAGGCUUUUAUUUAAUUCUUAAGAAGAAUUUUGCUAAGAAGAUAAAAUUGGCUUUUAAACUUUUUUAUGGGUAAUGUUGUGUUUUCAGGAAUGUCCUUGUUAUCGAUGUAUAUUUCCAACACCACCACCUCCAGAGACUGUCACUAAUUGUUCAGAAGGAGGUGUUCUGGGACCAAUAACUGGCAUGAUAGGGUCGUUACAAGCACUAGAAGUUAUAAAUCUUAUUGUGAAAGGAAAAUGUAAGAUUUUUGGACUACGGUGAAGUCUGUACUUCGCAUACAUGAAUAUAAUUAUGUGUAAAAUAUAAUGUAAUAUUUAUGAUACGCAUUUUCAUGGGGUGGUGAAUUUAACGUUUGCUUUUUAGCCAACUAUGCUGGGCGAUUGUUUUUGUUCGAUGGCUUGGAUGGUAGAACAAGGACGAUCUCUUUAAGGAAACGGAAAGUUGACUGUGACAUAUGUGGUCAGAAUCCGACGAUAAAAUGUUUACAAGAUUAUGUACAGUUCUGUCAAAUGGGUCCAACAGAUAAAGUGAGUUUAUUCUUUAUAUUAUUAACACGAUAAUAUUUUUUUCAGUUUAUUCUUUACGUAUAGUCAUUUGUUUUUAACUAAAAUAAAGUAAUCGUUCAGGUAAAGACCUUGAAUCUGUUGAAGCCGGAGCUUCGAAUCUCUGUUAGAGACUUCUUUAUCAAGUACUGGCAAGAAGACGAGAAGCGACCACUGCUAAUUGAUGUUCGACCAACUAUCGAGUAUGACAUUUGUCAUCUACCUGGGAGUAAAAGUAUGUUACAAUAUUUGAAAGACUUAUUUUAUUUAAAGUUAUUUUCUUGUGAAUAUUGGAUGUGCCAUAGUUUUUAAACUUUUUUAGAUGUUCCAUUGUCUAAACUGGAGAAAAUGGCAGACGAUGAACUGUCUGAUGUCGUGAAUGGUCAAAUUGAAACAGUAUUUCUACUUUGUCACAGAGGGAACGAUUCUCAAUUAGCUGUUAAUAUCUUUAAAGACAAAGUAUCCGACUACAAGUUUAAAGACAUCAUUGGAGGGUUGGAUUCAUGGGCUACUGAAAUCGAUUCGAAAUUUCCAACCUACUGA